AGCAGUAUUGAGAAAACACAAGCUGUCUGUUGUUUUUGUCUCAGCUGUUGAUACGAGCAGGUUAGGAGCAGUCACGUGUGCUGUUUUUACAUUUUUUUGCUUUUCAUAGAGCUCGGUAGGUAUCAGAUCCGCUUUUUUCAUAUAAACUCACACACCGAUCUGGCACAGCAAUAAACAAAACACACAGGAUUCAAUUGGCUAUACAUUCGAAAUUCCGAAGAAAUAUCGACAUUUUUCCCGUUUGAGUUUGUUUGCGUCUACAAUAUCUCAAAUUCUACAGAUUUCGUUUCACAAUCUCAAUUUUCACUCUUGAAUUUGCAAAGACUCCGAUCGCAUAGAAAUCUACAAUUUUUCACUCAAUGCUAGGUGCCACAUUCAAGCCCAGUAAAUAUGGCAAACAGCCAAAGGCAUUUCUACCACUUCCAGCCACCUUUGGCCGUAUUCACACCUUCCAUCGUCGAAACUUGACGGUGCUAACUAUUAUAGUUGUAGUGAUUUGGCUCUUUUUCAAUCCGUUCCUGGCUGUUUCUGGUAUCUUCUUGUCGCAGGAAGACCACUCCUACCCACCACCUCAUCCCCUUACCACCAAACAAGAGAUCCCGUCAAGCUCGCGAUACUUGUACCCCAAUAUCGAGCAUGCCCCUUUGUUGAAGCAGAUGACGGUUCACCAGCUCAUCAAAGAAUCACGUGUGAGAGACCACAAUUUUCCAGAGGUAGAAAAGACAGUGAUUCGUUCGCUAAAUAUGUUUGACGACCCCAACCCCAUCAUCCAGAAGCAGAAGGAAGACGAAGAGAACGCUGUCUCCGACCAGGCCAAGGCCAAAAACUACUUCAAGAACCAGGACAAAAUAGUUUAUAGACCAAGCUCUCUCAAGGGGUACCCCGAAGUCGUCAUUGUUACUGCAGUAGACUUCGAGAAGUACUCAGUAGACGAUUUGACCAAGAUCGUGCAAAACCGAGUCAAUUAUGCUCACCAACAUAAUUAUGGUAUCUAUGUACGCUGGUACCAGGAAUUCUUACCUAUCUUGAACUCGCUUAGUUAUUUGCAGAUCAAAGAAAGGGCCAAAUGGGUUCGUUUGUAUGCUACCAGAGCCGCAAUGCACGCUUUCCCGCAUGCGAAGUGGUUCUGGUAUCUAGACCAGGAUGGAUUAAUCAUGGAUUUGACCAUCAACAUCCAGGAGUACAUCUUGGAAAACGAUGCCUUGAAUCCGAUUAUGCAAAGGGAGAUACCUAUAAUACCUCCUGAUGGCACAAUUAAAACGUAUAAGAACGCCAGAGCUGACUCCAUCAAAUUGAUUAUAACUCAGUCUGACUCUAAAAUAGAAUCUAAUUCGUUUUUGGUCAAGAACGACCAUAUAGGUAGGGCCAUGUUGGAAACUUGGGGAGACCCAUUGUAUUUGACCUAUCCUAACUUUGGGUAUGGACCCGAUUCUGCAUUAACGCACAUUCUUCAAUGGCAUCCGUUUAUGUUGAGUAAGACGACAAUUAUUCCAGCUAGAACAAUUGCUUCAGCCCAUUCUCGUGCCGUCAACCUUGAUAAAAUAGUAGACAAAUUUCACUAUUUUCCAGGUGAUUUUGUAGUGCAGUGGUCUGACUGCGAGACUUUGACUUCUUGUUCGAAGAUCUUAAGUCAGCACUUCUCGAAGACGGACAAGCCUGAUGUGGAAGCUAGGGAAAAGCAGGCCAAAGCAAAGGCUGCCGAUGAAGCUAAAGCCAGAGAGAUAGCGCUAGCUAAAGAGAAAGAAAAUGCUAAGGCCAAAGGUCAAGCUGAAGCAAAGGAACAGCCCGUAGCAAAGCAGCAACCAAAGAAGGAGCAACCAAAGAAGGAAGAACCAAAGAAGGAAGAACCAAAGAAGGAAGAACCAAAGAAGGAAGAACCCAAGAAGGAAGAGCCCAAGAAGGAAGAGCCCAAGAAGGAAGAUCUUAAGAAGGAAGAGCCUAAGAAGGAAGAGUUGAAGAAAGGAGAGCCGAAGAAGGAAGACUCAAAGAAGGAAAAGCCAAAAGCAAACGAGCAACCUAAGGCUUAGGAACAGCAACAAUUGUAAUAGUAAUUAGAGAGCUAUUGCGUAGCAUUAGCAGGACUUGUUGGGCAGGUGCAACAGAUACAGAUACACAGACCGUUUCAAUUAUAAUUGCAUCUAUUCAAUUCAUAACACAUAUCAUAUAUAUACAUUGAUAAACAUAUACACUGAUAAACAUAUAUAUGUAUGC